CCAUUUUUCUGGGCCCUUUACUGAAGACAAGCCAGCAGAGGUGCCGUGGUCCAAAACCAUGGCACCGCAGAAGCCUCUUUUAAAUGUUAACAGCUCUACCAGUAACCUUACUGCUAGCUUUCCUGAAAGGCCAGGAACAUCCGGCAGUUCAAAUGUUUUCUUACAGCCUUCUGUGCGACCUUCUUCAGCUUUUCCAAAAGGAAACCCUGGCACCGAAGGCCCUCAGAAUUAUCAGUCGUCCUUCUUUCCUACCUCCAACCCAGCUAAAAGGAAGAAUUAUUACAAGCCGGAUCAAUUUGACAAUGUCAGAGGACAACAGGGAGGCGAAGAAGGCCCCAGCCCGCGAGCAGGAAGCAACUUCAAAACGGCUCGUGAGCAAUUUAUCGUGGAUCAACAGAAAAAAUGUUCUCAGCAGCCCCGUGGAGCUCAGGCCUCGGGGAUGACGGCCGCUGUGAAGAAAUCUCUGGGUGCUAACAGGCCUCGAGGCACAUUUUCAAAAUUUGUGUCGCCAAUCCCACGACAGGAGGACGAACACAACGUGGCGAGCCGAAGAGACACUCAGGAACCUCAAAUCCUGGACGAGCGUCUGAAAAACUUUGAGCCAAAGAUAAUUGAGCUGAUCAUGAGCGAGAUCAUGGACCACGGGCCUCCCAUUGGCUGGGACGACAUCGCUGGGCUGGAGUUCGCCAAGACCACCAUCAAGGAGAUAGUGGUCUGGCCGAUGCUCCGACCUGAUAUCUUUACUGGUCUCCGAGGACCCCCCAAAGGUAUCCUGCUGUUUGGCCCCCCAGGAACUGGAAAAACUCUUAUAGGAAAAUGUAUUGCUUGUCAGUCAGGCGCUACUUUCUUUAGCAUCAGCGCUUCCUCCCUCACGUCCAAGUGGGUGGGUGAAGGAGAAAAAAUGGUGCGCGCCCUGUUUGCCAUUGCUGGCUGUCACCAACCUGCAGUCAUCUUCAUCGAUGAAAUCGACUCGCUGUUGUCCCAGCGGACAGACGGGGAGCACGACUCGUCUCGCAGGAUCAAGACGGAGUUCCUGGUUCAGCUGGACGGUGCAGCCACUGCAUCAGAGGACCGCAUCCUGGUGGUGGGGGCCACGAACCGGCCUCAGGAGAUUGAUGAGGCCGCUCGCCGACGUUUGGCCAAGCGCCUCUACAUCCCCCUUCCCGAAGCAGCAGCCCGACGGCAGAUAGUGUUUAACCUCAUGGCCCGAGAGAAAAGCCAGCUGAGAGAGCAGGAGCUGGAGAGCGUGGUGACGGCCACGGAGGGCUUCUCCGGCGCCGACAUGACGCAGCUCUGCCGGGAGGCAGCUUUGGGACCAAUUCGCAGCAUCCAGCUCAGCGACAUCGCCACCAUCACUGCAGAUCAGGUGCGACCGAUUCUGUUCAGUGACUUCCAGGAGGCUCUGAAGACCGUUCGACCCAGUGUCUCUGCUAAGGACCUGGAGCUCUAUGAGGACUGGAACAAGACUUUCGGAUGUGGACGCUAAACUUGAAUUUUUUGGGAUUCGCUGCUGCUUCUAA